CAGUGAAGCACCUAACAGGAUCCGCAUGGAGCUUAUUUAUCAAAUAACACUUUGAAAAAGAAACCUGUUUUUCUCUGCUUUUAUAUUCUUCUUCUCCUCCUUAUUUGUUUAUUUAAUUCUGUUGCAUUUAUGAAGUAUGAAAACCUGCUGAGCAUUCAUAAAAGGAUGCUGUUAUAUUGUGGUGGAUUCUAUGUGAAGUUGAUCUAAGUGAGAACUGCUUUAAGGAAAUGAAGACUCAAAAGGCAGUCAUUCACAAGAACAUCAAGCGCUAGAGGGACGUGCACGCUUCAGAAGCGCAUAAUCUCUCAGACAACAUGGGCUUUUCAUGCAUCGGGCUGAUGCUGAUGCUGCUGGUCAGUUUUCCGGGCUCCAGCGGUGUUUGUCCGCGGCAGUGCGCCUGUUCUGUUCCCGCUGAAGUGCACUGCACCUUCCGUGCGCUUGUGACCGUUCCCGCGGGCAUCUCCAAACAAGUCCAGCGCAUUAAUUUUGGGUUUAACACUAUAAAUCAGAUCACAGACGCCUCCUUUGCUGGACUUCGAAAACUAGAGCUGCUCAUGAUGCAUGGAAACAAUGUGCAGAAAAUACCCGAUGGUGCUUUUCAGGAUCUCGUUUCCUUACAGGUUUUAAAAAUGAGCUACAACAAGCUCAGAGUCAUUACCGGUCACACCUUCUCUGGUUUGACGGCCCUCAUUAGACUACAUCUGGACCACAACCGCAUCGAGUUCAUCCACCCGGACGCGUUCAGUGGGUUGACGUCACUCCGUCUGCUCCAUCUAGAGGCCAACCAUCUGCAAAAGCUCCAUCCUGCUACUUUCAGCACGUUCUCGCUCCUGCGGCGUUUCCCCGUGUCCACCCUGAAGCAUCUGUACCUCUCUGAAAACCUCCUGAGCACGCUGCCCAGAAACAUGCUGGAGAACAUGCCGCAGCUGGAGAACCUCUUCCUGUAUGGAAACCCGUGGAGCUGUGACUGCCGGAUGAACUGGUUGCAGGACUGGAGCGCACGAAAUUCAGGAGUGAUGAAAUGCAAAAAGGACAGAUCAUUUUCCAGCGGUCAGCUCUGUCCACUAUGCGCAUCUCCUAAACACCUUUCAGGACAAGACAUCUUUGAUCUCAAACAGUUUAUGUGCUCUGGACCAGUUAUCAGCUCUUCAGGAAAGAACAUCUCACACGAGGAAAGCAUGAGUGAACUUCUACCCAUUGACAGGAUCAGACCACCAUUUGGAAACGUCUCCCUUGGUUUAUCCGACGAGCAUGGGACUAAAGUAGACUUGAUCUGCCAAAUACUUGAAUCGAGAGAUUCCACUAAAAUCAGCUGGAAUUAUACAAAAUCCCUGGAGAUUGCUGCUAACGUGACUCUCCUCUUUGACCUAGAGUGUCCUGUAGACAGAGAUGACUAUGAGAGCUUUUGGAGACUUCUAGCGUACUACAGUGAAGUGCCCGUGCAUCUGCGAAGGGAAAUCAUGUUAAGCAGAGAACCGGAGCUGAGCUACAGAUACAAACAGGACAUUGAAAAAGACGCUUACUUUUACACUGGUGUCCGAGCUAAUGUUUUAGCCCAUCCAUCUUGGCUCAUGCAGUCCUUUGUAAACAUCAAGUUAAACAGGCCUUAUUCCUCUUCCAAGAGUGUGAGACUCAUUCUAAAUACUCAUUUGACUACCACCACAGACAAGGAGCCCAUCAGGUCUUGGGUCAUGAUUGAACAUGACAAUAAAACCCAGACGAGCUUCACUUCUGUUGUGGGUGGUGCGGUUGAAAUGGACUGUCGUGUACAAAGCUCUGGAAACGCAGCCGUUCAUUGGAUGACACCCGACGGGUUGAAGAUUAAAGCUGCAUUCGGCUCUGCCGACAAAAGAAUGACUGUUUCUAGCAGCGGCACACUUUACAUUAAUUCUGUCGAGCACAGAGACUCUGGAGUUUAUUAUUGCAUUGCUGAGGUUGCAGGAGAUAUUGAUGUCCUGCCUUUCCGUUUAUCAGUUAUGGAGUCCUCAACCCCGCUUCCAGGUGAAGAAGUUGGAAAUGCUUUAACCAAAUAUGUUGGCGAGUCUGCAUCUUUACCCUGUCUCACAACGGCGACUCCAGACGCUGUGGUGAAUUGGAUAUUUCCAGAUGGCAGUGUAUUGAAUGCCAAAGCAAAUACAUCCAGGGCUUUAGUCUUUCCUAAUGGGACUUUGUUUAUUCCUUACAGUCAGCUUAACAAUAAUGGAUAUCACAAAUGUGUCGCCAUGAACCAGCACGGUGUGGACGUACUGGCGACUAAACUAACCGUUAUGAGACGGAAAGGAAUUCAACCACUGCGACAGUAUCCUGUCAGACCACAGUCUGCUGCAGGAGUGUCCACUAAGGUAAAAGCCUUUUUGCAGGAUGUUGAAGAAGCUUCUGGAGAUGAAACUCAAGAGAGAGUAGUUCCAAACAGAAGCUUUAUUAAUCGAAGGAGAGGACCGAAUGCAAGAACGCAGGGACGUCCUUUUGGCAACAUCCGCCAUAGGCGGCCUUUUAGAAAAGGCGUGCAUGGACAAGCAAACAGAACUGGUUUAACAAACCAAAGAACUGUUAAUACCAAGAACAAGAUAGACCCUGAGAAAUGGGCUGUUCUUUUGGCCAAAAUUCGUGAGAGAACUUCUCCAAAGAACUCGUCAGUUAACAUCCAACAUGGAACAACAGAGAAAAAUCUACAGAUAGUAAACGUAGAUCAUCCAGGGUCAGUUAACAACAUUGAGAGUUCUUCUGGAGACUCCGGUCCACAGGAAGAAUCAAACACUUUCAGCACGCCACACCAAACGGAUGUUUACCAUACGCAUGCAAUUACACCUUAUAUUGAAAGACAGAAUAAUAACAUAUACCUAACGUCUCCUCCAGAAUUACAAACUAGCUCAGACGGGGUGCCUUACAUCUCAAAUCCCACAUCUGGACCCCAUUAUGUUAUGACAGAGGUGAACGUUGUAGAAAGAGGGCAUGCGAGCACCAUAAGUGCUGAAAAUAACCAAGUGUAUUCCGGGUCUUUCAUCAAACCAGAGUCUGAGAAAGAAAAUGAACCUAAUUUGUCCGGAAAGUACGGCGUCUGGACGCAGACUGGGGGGUUUGAUUCUGGACAGCCUGACAGCAUUUCAUUUGCUACCACAUCAACCGGCAGCAUUAGACCACGUGCUACACCAAGUUCAGCGCCGUCCAGAGCAAAAGAUCAGUGGAGCUCCAGGCGAAGAUUUGGAGGUAGGCGACGGAUAAAAUUGAGAAGACCGUUUUCCAAGCUUCCGACAAGAAAGCCAUGGUCAACAUCUACAGCUGCAAGGGUUCAUGUUACCCCAAACCCAGCUGAAAACACAUCAAUCCAUCCAAUUACUACAACCACUGCACGCAUUUACUCUAGAACCCGGUUUAGAGGCAGAUUGAUCAAGCCAGCUUCUACAACUACUGCUCGCAUUUAUUCCACAAAUCCAGCUGAAAGCACGUCAGUCCAGUGGACUAUCCCAAUAACCCCUCACAUUUACUCCCCAACCUUAGCUGGAAGCACGUCGGAAUAUCUGACUACUACUCACACACACCCCACAACCCUAGCUGAAGACACGUCACUCGAUCCAACUACUUCUUCCAUUUAUCCUACCAAAUUACCAAAUGCCAUUAAUGAGGAAAACGCCAUCACCCUCCCGGAUGAGAAAACUAGUUCAGAAAUCCACAAAGUUGAGGCAAACAGUUUCCCACAAGUCCAAGAGAUGAUAAACUCUAGCAGCUCUACAGUAGCCUCUACACCUCACCCCAUGAGCACAACAUCAGGUUUAGAGAAUGAAGACAUUUCUUCUUUCGAGGAGGAAGAAGACGGAAGCAUUGCAUCUGCUGAGGAGAUGGAUGAGUAUUUGGUUCCCACGAGUGUAGAUCCAACAUCUCAACCUGGCGUCGAAACUGUCCCACUAACAAAUGCUCGGCAGGAGAUCAUAGGCAUGCUUUCAACAGCAUUACCAAAGGCCAACAAAGAGAUUCAUCCAACAGAGAUCCGCUUGGAUACAGAUGGGCUGGAUGUCUUCCACUUACCUGUAUCACACUUUAGCGAUGUUCUCAAAGGGAACGAUACGUUGGAAGAAACUAGUACAAAAGGUGAUGUUACUUCUACAGAAGAAUCUGUAGUCACCUCCAUGCCACGAACCCAAGACUACCUGCUUUCCCAACCAAAUGAAAGCUUUGAAGAAGAAGAGUCAGUUCACAACCAAGUAUCUUUUCCCUCAACCACAGAGACACUCACAGAAUCCAUAAUAUCUGUAGGGACACAAACCGAGUCUUUAGACACAAGUUCACCAUCACUUACUCUUAGUACUCAAACCAAUGAGAUUUACUUCCUGCAACCAAACUCUGAUUCUAAGCAAGACCAAAAGGAAAGGAUAGUCCUUCUGCAUCCUUCUACAUCACUGAAUACUUCACCCACCGUUACAUUGCCAGCAACUACAAUCAUAAUUCCCAUUACAACCCAACUCAUUGGAACAACGACACCAUCUACUACACCGUCAACAGCUGCAACUACUACUACGGGGACUCCUUCGACUACUACUACUACUGCUACUACUACUACUACUACUACUACUACUACACCUGCUCUAAAGUUAACACCCAGUUAUCCCUUGCCAGACAAUAGAAUCCCAUUUUACUCAAGAAAUCCUGAAACAAACUACAUCGAUUCCAGGCACAGGGAAAGAUUUCCCAUCACUAAUCACAGGUAUCCAUACUAUCACAGUAGAAAUCCCUCUGUGAAUAUUAGACCUAAUAUUAUCAGAACACCUUCGGUGACCACCUCACCUGUGGAUUUAAACUCUCCCAACGACAUUAGAUCAACUACAACACCUAAGAUAUUGACCGUAACUGCUCGAUCUGCCAACUCGAGUCCCACAACUGUGUCAAGCACCACACAGCCAAACAACCAAAUUCAGAUCAAUGAACCAGUGAACAGACAGUCAGGUGCUGUUCUGUUUUCUCAAGGACCGCAAACUCUUCCUGUCCUGCAAAUGAGACCCAGGAUCACUGCUGCCAAGCUCCACACGGUCACUGUAAAUGCCGGGACAGAUGUGCGGUUGCCAUGUGAUUCUAUGGGGGAGCCGAAACCCCUCCUGACCUGGACCAAAACCUCCACAGGUGCAGUCAUGUCAUCGAAUUCCAGAAUCCAGCGGUUUGAGGUCCAGUCCAACGGCACUUUAGUCAUCCACAACGUCCAGCUUCAGGACCGCGGACAGUAUCUGUGCAUUGCUCGCAAUCUACACGGCAUUGAUAAGAUGAUGGUGACCCUAGUGGUGUUGGCCCACGCGCCCAAGAUGAUGCUUCCACGUCAUAAAGACGUGACGGUGUAUUUAGGAAACAGUGCGCUCUUGGAAUGCCAAGCACAAGGUCUCCCAUUACCAAACAUCAGCUGGGUGCUUCCGGAUCGAUCGGUGGUGCGAGCCAUUAGUACCAGCGAACAGAAAAUUAUACUCUUCACCAAUGGAACGCUUCUAGUGAAAAACACCAAUUACCUGGACAAGGGCAUCUAUAAAUGUAUAGCAAGCAAUGCUGCUGGAGCUGACAUGCUUUCUGUGAGGCUCCAAAUUUCAGCCUUGCCUCCUACCAUCCAAGAGCAGCUUUGGGAGAAUUACACCAUCCCUGAUGGACAAUCGGCAUUCAUACACUGCACCGCUAAAGGCUCGCCCAGUCCAACUGUCCGUUGGGUCACGUUUACUGGCGCACAGCUUCGCCCCUCACAGUUCAUCAAUGGCAAUUUAUUCGUUUUUCCCAAUGGGACGCUGUUUAUUCGUAAUCCUACAGAGAAGGAUUCUGGAAAUUAUGAAUGCGUGGCUGUGAAUUCGGUGGGUGUUGCUAAAAGGACUGUAAAUCUGCAGUUGAAGAGGAGCUCCUCUACCGCCAAAAUUAUGUCCACUUCUGCUCACAGUACUGAUGUCCACUAUGGAGGUCUGCUGAGUCUCAACUGCUCGGCCACUGGAAGCCCCACUCCCAGGAUCAUCUGGAGGACCCCAUCUAAAAAACUGGUUGAUGCAUAUUACAGCUUUGAUCGCAGAAUGAAAGUGUUCGGCAACGGGACGCUCACCAUCACGUCAGUGACCGAGAAGGAUGAAGGCGACUAUCUUUGUGUUGCCAGAAACAAAAUGGGCGACGACUACGUUCUCCUUAAAGUCAACGUGAUGACCAAAGCGGCUAAAAUCGACCACAAGUCACUGAUCGAUCACAAGGUUUCGUACGGAGGAGAGCUGAAAGUCGACUGCAUCGCUUCAGGUCUUCCCAACCCAGAAAUCACGUGGAGUCUCCCGGACGGUACCAUGGUAAACAGCAUCCCGCAGUCUGACAAUAACGGGCUCCGUACCAAGAGAUACGUGAUGUUUGAUAACGGAACGCUGUAUUUAAAUGAAGUCGGAAUGAAGGAGGAAGGCGACUACACGUGCUAUGCAGAGAAUGAGAUUGGGAAGGAUGAAAUGAAGGUUCAUAUAAAGGUGGUGGCAGAUGCACCAAUCAUCCGAAACAACACUUACAGCGUCGUCAAAGUGCCUUUCGGGGAAACGGCGAUCCUCUACUGCAGCGCCAAAGGAGAACCGACUCCCACCAUCACAUGGACGUCUCCGGCUCACCGCGCCAUAGUCCCAGUGUCCGACAAGUACCAAAUUGCCAAUGAUGGCACUUUACACAUUCAUAAAAUCCAGAGGUUUGAUGUUGGGAAUUAUACGUGCACAGCCAGGAAUGUUGCGGGAACUGACAAGAAAGUUGUCCAUGUUCAAGUCCUCAUGUCAACACCACUCAUUAAUGGGUUCGAGAGUUCAGGCAUCAUUCGUAACACUGUCGUGAAGGAUCAGCGCGUGCUUUUAGACUGCAAAGCAAAUGGAAACCCACUUCCAAGGAUCAUGUGGGUGUUUCCCAACAAUAUCGUGCUUCCGGCUCCGUACUAUGGCUCGAGGAUUACAGUCCAUCGCAAUGGUACGCUGGACAUUCACGCGGUGCGGAUAAGCGAUUCCGUCGCGCUUAUUUGCAUCGCACGCAAUGAAGGAGGAGAAGCCAGACUCCAAAUUCAACUUGAGGUGACUGAAGGUGUUGAAAAGCCACAGUUGAGAAAUCCGCCUACAGAGUCCGUCCAACUCACCAAUGGGAUAUUAACUCUAAAUUGUUCCAUAGAAGGAAAACCAAUGCCGGAAAUCACUUGGAUUCUCCCUAACGGGACGUCUCUUCUUAGUGGAACCAGUGUUUUCCGUUUCAAUCAUCGACUUGAUGGGACGUUGGUCAUUAGAGACCCGUCGGUUUCAGAGGUUGGACGCUAUCGAUGCGUUGGACGCAACAGCGCUGGAUAUGUAGAGCGAACCGUGACAUUGGAGUCCAACAGAAAACCAGAAAUCACCAAUAAGUACAGCUCACUUGUCAGCAUCAUAAAUGGGGAGAACCUUCACCUCAACUGUUUAUCCGGUGGUCAUCCGUUACCCAAACUUACCUGGACCCUACCGAACGGAGUCGUCCUAACCAGGCCGCAGACGACCGGACGCUAUUCGGUUCUAAACAAUGGCACUCUUACUGUCCAAAGGACGUCUGUGUACGACAGGGGAAUGUACCUCUGCCAAACCACUAAUGAACAUGGAUCGUCCAGCCUGUCGGUUUCAGUGAUAGUGAUUGCAUAUCCGCCGCGUAUAACCAAAGGACCCGCGCCAGUGACCUACGCCCGUCCGGGUGUGGCGGUUCAGUUAAACUGCAUGCCUCUCGCUACGCCUAAAGCCGAGGUGGUUUGGGAAAUGCCUGACGGACUUCAGUUGAAGGUUGGCGUCCAGCCGCGACUUUAUGGAAACAAGUAUCUCCAUCCGCAAGGAUCACUGGUCAUUCAGAGCCCUUCCAGCAGAGACAAUGGCGUCUAUAAGUGCACCGCCAAAAACGUGGUCGGUAGCGAUAGCAAGUCAACUUACGUGUAUGUGUUUUGAUGCAAACUAACUUUAAAGACAAUUUUGAAGAACUGCGUUUGACUGUUCAUAUGACGUCUUUUGAAAACACAGUGAACAUUUUCUACAGACUCUUGUUGUAAAUAUGAAAGCGUGAUAUUUUAAUCUACUUCAAACGAAGCUCCGGAGUAUCCGUACGCUAAUGGAUAAUCAUUAAUGCAAGGAAGCAAACUAAUAAUCAGCCCACAUGGAAUUUACACCAAUAGAACUGUCUGCAAAAUUCACUAAAUCUUACACAUGCUUGCUUGUUUAUUUAAUGUUGUGGCUAUUUAUAUUGUGCUUUUAGUUAUCAAGAAGCAUCAGCUCCAUUUAACACAUUUUACCAUGGUUAAAUUAAUUGGUAACGCUUUACAACACGCUUCCAUUUAGUAAGCAUCCGCUAAGAUUAAUAUAUGAUUUAGAAUUAUUUUUUAAUUUUUGGUUGACAUUAAUUUCAUAAUUUACUAAUAUAUUAUUGAAGUCAAAAGAUGUAUUUGUUAUAUUAUUUAAUGGACUGAACUAACAUGAACUUACAGUGAACAGUUGUACAAAUGCAUUGCUUGUUGUUGCAAUGCAUUGACUAACAUUGACUAAUGGGAUAUUUUUGUAAAGUGUUGCCAAUUCAUUUGUAGAAUCAGGCAGGUUGUAGUAAUCAGGCCUGAUUACUUUCACGUUUUACAUGCAUUCAUUUAGCAAAUGCUUUUCUCAAAAGCAUUAGUGAUGGAAGUGUCAGAAAGAA